AUGCCAUUUGUCAAAGACUUUAAACCAGAAUCCCUUGAAGACACAAACCUAUUCAAACCAAUAAAGGUCGGAAACAUGGACCUUAAACAUCGUGCUGUCAUGGCACCAUUGACUAGAUUGAGAGCUUUGUAUCCUGGCCAAAUUCCCAACCUUGAAUAUGGUAUUGAGUAUUAUGACCAACGUUCUAAGAGGGAAGGAACAUUUUUGAUCUCUGAAGCAGCUAUCAUUUCACCUCAAGCUGGUGGUAUUGAUGACGCCCCUGGUAUCUGGAAUGAUGAGCAAGUUGAGGCAUGGUCUCAAAUUAUCAAAAAAAUUCAUGACAACGGUUCUCACAUUUUUAUUCAAUUCUGGGCCUUAGGUCGUCAUGCAUUCCCGGGAAACUUAAAAAGAGACGGUCUUAGAUAUGUGUCUGCUUCUGAUGAUGUUUACAUCGAUGAUACUCGUAAACAAAUCGCUUUCUACUCAAAUAAUCGUCAACACGGUCUAACUAAAGCUGAAAUUCAAAGUUUUGUCCAAGAUUUUUCAAAUGCUUCUAAAAAUUCAAUCAAAGCAGGUGCAGAUGGUGUCGAGAUUCAUAGCGCCUUUGGUUUUUUUUUGAACCAAUUUCUUGAUCCAAUUUCCAACAAAAGAACUGAUGAAUACGGUGGGUCUAUCGAAAACAGAUGCAGAAUAGUAUUGGAAGUUGUUGACGCAUGUAUUGAGGCUGUAGGUGCCGAAAAGGUUGGUAUCAGAUUGACUCCCUGGGCUAGAUAUCUAGGUAUGUCAGGUAGUACCGACCCAACAUUACUAGCAACCUACUGUUACUUAUUAGGCGAACUUGAAAAAAGAGGUAGAGCUGGCAAAAGAUUAGCUUACGUUCAUUUAGGUGAACCAAGAGUUACCGACCCAUUUUUAACCGAAGGAAAAGGAAUGGAGAUGUAUGGUCAUAAUGACUUCGCAUUUUCUAUUUGGAAAGGUAUAGUUAUUCGUUCCGGUAAUCUGGCCUUGCACCCUGAUAUUGCUAGGGAUUUGUUGAAAAACGAUAGAACUUUGAUCGCUUACGGUAGAUUUUGGAUUUCAAAUCCUGAUCUUGUAGACCGUUUAGAGAAGGGACAACCCCUGAACAAAUAUGAUAGAGACACAUUUCUAGGAAGAACUGCAAAUGGUUUAUUGGAUUAUCCGACCUACGAAAUGGCUAUCGAGAAAUUGGAAAAUUGA